AAACAUCUAAUUUCCAAUAUGGCAGCGCCUAUGCGUAAACAUGGGACAGCAAUACAAAGACUAUACGUAGCUUUGACUCAAGCCUGGACUCUGGAGAGUAGGGCCACGGCAGGGGUCUUCCACAGCCAGACUAGAAAUGCUAGCACAAAAAAAGAAAAGACCAAGAAGAUCAGAAAAAGAGUAUUUAAUGUUCCUGAAAUGGAGUAUAUCAAAAGUCCACGAUUGAGCACACAUCUUGGGAUAGCGCCAACAGAUAAUGUUUGGUUCACAUCGGAUUACCCGGAGCCAUAUUUCACUUUUGAUGAGGCUGUUAACAGACACAAACUCAUGGCACAGCCCAGCAUUUAUGACUACUUGGAUAAUUAUGUGUUUGUUGAUAUGGUGCUCAGUAGCUGGACAAACCGUGAGGGUGUGUUUACAUCUAUGCUGAAGUCUGUGGUGGUCCCUCAUCCCUUUGAUCCACCUGUGAAAGCAAGGCUUGCAGUUUUGACGAAGCAAAAGGAGUGUGUACAGCAGGCUUUGGAGUAUGGAGCGACCUACGCUGGUGGGACAGAUCUUCUAGCCCAGAUCCAGUCUGAUCAAGUAUCAGUUUAUGAAUUGGAUCACAUCCUAGCAACACCAGAUAUGUCCAAACAGUUAAAAGCCUUGCGUCCUUUAUUUGGAGAAAUGUUCCCAAAUGAAAGAAAGGGUAGUUUGGGUGAGGACAUUCCUGCUAUGAUGACAAGAUUCCUCAGUGGAGUUGUGUUGAAAAUAACUCAAUCUAAAACUAAAGGACUGGCGAACAUCCGAUUUCCUAUAGGAAAACUAAAUAUGGCAAACACAGAGUUAUCUGACAAUUUGGAAGCAUUAAAGUUGGAAGUGUUUAAUGCUCGACCAUUAAAAGCAACAGGUAAAUAUGUACUGCAGUUGGAGUUAGAAGUGCCACCAUCACCAACAAAGUUGAAACUGGAGCCUGCAAAAUAUGACCUGACAGAACCAAUAAAGAAGAAAAAACACUGAGACCAGUCUACAAAAGCUGUUUGUUUGAUUAGUUAUAAUGUAUCGAAAUAAACACAAAGAUAUUCCAC